AUGAAACUCUCCACGAUCCUCGCCCUCACCGGCUCCCUCUACUCCUCCUUCGUCUAUGCUGGAGCCUUCAUGGACACCGAAGCCGCAGUCUGCAAUGUCAAGAACUCCACCGACGGUACUCUGACCCCCAUCGCCGUCAGCGAAGUUAAAGCCGGCAUGGCCAUCCCCAGCGACACCACCGGUCUCUCUCUCCGAUGCAGCUACGGCGGCAGCUCUGUGGAUGAGUUUGAGAACUGGUUCUCCAGCGAAUUGGCCACCGGGUCGCAGGCGGUGGAACGAUCUGCUCUUGCUGAGGAGAAAAGAGCGGAGUGUGGAUGUGUUGGGGGCAGGAGAUGCUGUAUCUUGUGUGAUUUGGAUUGGACGUCGGGGUAUGUGAACUGCUAUAAGGCUUGUGUUACCGACAAGUUCUGUCCUACGUAA